GGUUGCCUACAAACUUAAGUUACGAUUUGGGGUAGCUGCAAUUUCCCUUGUUUGUUUUUUUUUUUUGUUUUUUGAGGUUGCCGCAUGGCUCUCUGAGUUUGCAAAAGCGCUCUCUAGUUUGUUUUUCUAAUUUAGGACGAGUAAACGAAGGUCCCGUCCGCUGAGACUUUUCAAGUAAAACCCUAGUUUUCAACUCCUAAUUAGGUCGCUAGGAACUUCUGCUAAGGAUCUCUGCAAAAGCUUGAGAACCAUCUCCAAUGGCAAUGGCUUUUAGAGGUGGUGGUGGAGUCAUAAGGCGACUCCUCUCCUCCUCUCCAUUUCCUUUCUCAUCUCCUGUCUCUGCAACUCCUCCGAACCCUCCUGCUGUUCCUUCUACAAGCCUCUUUGUUUCAGGGCUUAACAAGAGAACAACAUCUGAGAAGCUUCGUGAAGCUUUUUUGAAAUUUGGGGAGGUUGUUCAGGCCAGAGUUGUAACAGACCGAGUCUCUGGCUAUUCAAAAGGCUUUGGUUUUGUCAGAUAUGCUACACUAGAGGAGGCAGAAGCAGGCAUAAAGGGGAUGGAUGGCCAGUUUCUGGAUGGUUGGGUCAUUUUUGCUGAAUAUGCAAGGCCAAAGACACCUGGUGCCUCGGAACCACGUCAGGAGAACCCGAUAUAAUGCCCUGUCGGAUUUAUACAUGAAUGAUUUAUACAUAAUUUACAUAUGAUUUGCAGUUCUGAUUAAGAAAGAUCAGUCUCUGUCAAAUUAAACAAUUUUGUCUCUCUAUACAUUAUUAUUAAAUACAGAUGCUCGUAAAUACCAGGGCUAAAGGAUUUGUGCUUGGAUAUAUUUGUUCCUGGCGUAUUUGAUGACGGUUGAUUCACAUUCA